CUCUCCGGUACCGGAAAUCUCGUAAAAGCUAUAAUGGCGAAGAGAGAGAUUAGUAGCACUCUGAGAAAUCUAAAGUUUAUGCAAAGGUCUGCUUUGAAAGUAGAGAAGAAGACGGUUGAUGAAGAAGAGCCUAAUGGGAGUUUUCCUUCCCAAGGCACUGUUGCAAAGAAGUGUGUGGUCAUAACAGACUGGGAUCCUCAGCCAGGAGCAUUGUUAGGACGCAUGUCAUUUCAGUCUUUCAAUCCCUCUAUCGAGAAAUUGAAUGAAGAGGCAAUAAACGGUGGAAAAACAGAUGCUUCUUCCUCAAGCUCUAGCAGUAAUGGAGGAAAAAAGUCUUUUAGUGAACCGGAGAGUUCAAAGGUUGAGCCAAGUAGGGAUACAAAUGGUGACUUGAAAAGAAAACAGUCUGAGGUAGUCUCCGAGGAACAAAACCGUCCUAACAAGUCCCCGAGGAGCAAUGACAACCCAUCACCGAGCAAUAAAAAAGCCAAUGCUUUCAAGAAACCCAAGAGCAAGAAGGUGGACUGGAGCGUUUUGAGGCCACCAAAACCUCAAACCAAAUAGGGUUUAAAUUAGCUAACUGCAGCAACCUAUUUGCCAUUAGUUCACAUCGGUUCAUAUGUUCUAGUAGAUCGUUCAUUGUGCUGUCUGUAUUCACGUGGUGUCGCAACCCGUUUGAUAAAUUAUAGCCAAAAGU